AUGGAUAGCUCUAGUGCUCAUAGCAAGCAUCCUCAACGCCCAACCCCUACAGAUUUUGAUGAAUUUCUUCCCUGGGCCUGCCAGCAAUUGUCUGUUGAGACCACAGUCGUCGUUAUCAGGAGUCUUCUUAAACAAUAUGUGAGUGUUAUUGCCGAGCGACCCAAAAAAGAGAAGAAAACAAAAUCCAGAGCAACAUCUAUGGCAUCUUCAUCGGAAGAUGCUAUAAGUGUAGUUAGAGAAGCCACUAAAUCCUCAAUUAAUUCAGAAAUUCCAAUCACCAUCGAAGCAUUUUAUGAUAACAAUGGAAAUCUAAUACAAUUACAAUUCAUGAACAACAAACCAAUACCUAGAGAAGUCUUUAAAAUAAUUGGCCUGGUUGUCCCGUACCAUAAGUUACUGAGGUCGAUAACCAUCAACAGGGGUUUAGCCAUGGAGUCUAUAUACGAGAUAUCUAAAUUUAUAAAUAUUAGCCACAUAACUGAAAUGGUUUUAGACGGGACUGUGCUUCUUGAAGCCAACUAUCAUAUUUUGUUGGAACAUCCUUGUUUGAAAUAUCUCUCACUAUCAAAAUGUAAAAUAAACGAUAUUGUUGUAGAAACUAUCACUUCUAAAAUAGUGUACCCGAAUCCCGCGUCUCAUAAGCUUUCUGCCCUGAACUUAGCAACUAACAGAAUUACAGACAUAGGUGCUAAAUAUUUAGCAGAUGCACUGCGAACGAACAGAAAGCUAAGCUAUCUAAACUUAGCUGGCAAUAUGAUUACUGAUGAUGGAGCUAUCAGCAUUCUUAAUACUUUGAAGAGUUUUGUGUUGACUAAACAAGAAAUACAAGAUAGUAAGGGUAGGUUAUUACAAUAUUUAAAAAAGAAGAAUGGUCUUAUAGGCGCGAUUGCUAAAGAACUUUUAAAGAGUGAUCACGAUAAGAAAGCAGUUAAAAAGAAGGUUGCUAAACCGUUACAUACUAUGUUAAUGAGAAAAAAUAAACAACUGGAAAAGGAAUUGUCUAAGGAAUGUCACGUAGUUGGAAGUUUCGAAAAGCCCUGUGGAGAACUGCGUGAAAGAGCUGCUUCUUUGGCUGAAUGUCAGUUAGGUUUUUUUAGUGAUCCCUUCAGUGUGGAAAACAUUUAUACCAUUGGUAAAACUACAUUUUGCUAUGGUAAUAAUGGCCUUUGUUAUUUGAAUCUUGCUUACAACGAUCUAACUUAUGCUACUCUGAAAGUUUUGUAUGAAGUUGUGGUGACUCAGAGAAACAUGCAAAGGGUACCGAGAGGUUUGUUCAAUGUAGUCAUUGAAGGUAAUUUCAUGCCCAUUGAAUGUGAAGAACUACAGCAAAUUGAUGAAAUACUAUCAAUAGCUUUAUAUUACUCUAUACCUAGACAAUCGACUGUGGUAAAAAAAAGACAUUCUCAUUCUAACAUCAAAACUGCCGAUAAAUUAAAUUAA